UCCGUAGUAUCGUAGUGGGAUGAAGAAAACGAUCAGGUAGCGUUUUCCGCCUUGUCGCAGUCCAAGCUUUCCCUCGCGAUUUGGGAUUUGGGACUUGGGAUUUUGGGAUGUUAUGGUGGAUAGAACCGUUGUCAGGGGGUUGAUUGAUUUAAUUGGUUACAUUUUGGUUACAUUGCCUUGUACGCAACCGGACAGUACCUGCCAGAGCAACCAUAGGGCGCUAAAAUAAAAGGCGUAAACAGCUGCAGGCUACAGCUCCAGCCCCCCCACCUGCCGCUCUUUGACUGCCUGGGUGCUGGAGCCGCCAUUCCAUUUCCAGCCUCGUUGAUAAAGCCACAUCAUUUUUCCCAACUUACCCAUCUACCAUUUUGUCACUAAGAGCAUGUGAGUCUAAGUCCUAAACAUCAAACACAUAACUCACCCGGACAAGUCGCAAUACAUACACUCUUCAGCCGUACUGAAUACGGUAUGAUAGACAUAUCCUCAUGUAUACGGUAUACGCCAUAAGCAAAGCUUCAUAAUUCCUUCUUCAUAGACACGAUAUCGAAAUGGCACAGAAAGCACGCAAGGACACAGCAAAGGCCAAUGCAGCGGCUCUAACAAACCUUCACAUCGGCACUCUUAUUGUCAAUACGCUUUUUGUCUUGUUCAACUUGGUAUUUAAAAAGCGGUCUAUACUACUAUAUGUCAUCCUCUCAAUUCCUAGCUUCAUAUGCGAAUACUUCUUAGAGUCAUCGGGCCGGCCUAGAUACGAUCCCACGACAAAGGCGCUUCGGAGGGCUGGCGAGGACUUGUCUUCGCCUGGACUUACAGAGUAUAUGUUUGACGUUAUCUGGGUUACAUGGGCAUCCGUCGUGCUCGUAAUCCUUUUGGGUAACUGGGGGUGGCUCCUUUGGACUGUUGUACCAGCUUACGGGGCCUUCAAAGGCUACAGUCUACUUGGUGCAGCUCGCGGAAUGGCCGGCAUGCAAGGACAGCAGCCGGGGAAUGCCGCGCCAGUGGCAGGCAAUAGGAAACAAAGACGUGCAGUUUGAACUAGGAUUACACAUCCGGCACCCAGCAUUGCAUGAUUAGGAAUCC